AUGAACAAAGCAGGCAAACACGUACAAAACGAGUUCAUACUGGUUAAGUCUCACGCUAAAAAGGAGGAAGAAAUUCUGUAUGAUGAGGUGAAGAUGCCGCAGAAAAAAGCAGAACAAGCAGCUAAUGACCAGAAAGCCACCAACAAACAUCGCCACUAUCAGCUGUUGGCUUGUUGUUUGGGGAUUUUUUGUGUCAUUUUGCUGUUCAGCAUCAUAGCAGUCAGUGUCUACUACAGACAGUGUAAACCUUGCCAAAAGGGCUGGGAAUACCACCAGUCCAGCUGUUAUGCAAUCAAUAACCCUGAUACUGCUGGUCAGAAAACCUGGGAGGAAGCUCAAGAGGACUGCAGAGGAAAGAAUUCAGACUUGGCUGUAAUAGUUAAUGAAGAUGAAAAGACAUUCAUCAGUGAUAACAGUUGGGGAAGUUCAGGACUCACUGGCUACUGGAUUGGACUGAGAGUUGAAAACUGGAAAUGGAAGUGGAUCAAUGGAAGUGAUCUGGCUGAAAAAUCCUGGAUAACACAACCUGCUAACAACGGCUACUGUGUAAUUUCUGUCCAAAACCAAGGAUGGAAAUCAGUGAUCUGUAGAAAUAAAAAACGUUGGAUCUGCAAAAAGGCGGCUUUAUCUGUUUAAACAGUGAGAAGCCUCACAUGAGAAGGUUACUGGAUACUCUGUAAAGAUUAAU